AUGGCGCUCCACCACGCCGGGGACAGCGGCACGUCCAUCCGGCUGGGCGACACGAUCUGCCUGGCGCUCAUCGGGCAGCGGGGCUUCCUGACGGCCGACGGCGUGAGCGACAACAACCUCGUCUUCGAGAAGCUGCACCACGGCGUGAACAUGCCGCCGAACCCGCGGGACGUGCGCUUCGUCGUGCGGCGCAUGGCGAACCGGCGCGCGCAGAACGAGCUCAACCGGCUGCACGCCAAGGCCGACUACGGCUACGGCGGCGCGGUCAACGGCUCGGGCUACGACGGCCGCGCGGAGCUCCAGCGCCUCGCGGAGCUCGAGGAGCAGCAGAACGCCGACGACAACCGGCGCCUCCACCGCACGCCCGUGCGCUACGGCGCCGUGGUGGAGCUGCACCACGUCGGCACGGGCAAGGUGCUGUGCAUCGUCAGCGACCAGGGGCCGAACCCGGGCACGCUCGACAUCCAGCUAAAGGACCCCAGCGAGGCGUCGUCGGACGCGCACGUGCGUCUGUUCCCCGCGCUCAACAGCCACGACUCCCACGUCGACGCGCUGACGAUCCGCAACGGGAACCUCGUCGUGUUGGAAUUUGUCGAGCAGGCCAUGCGGCUGCUGAUCACCGACGGCGCGGCCGCGGACAAGGAGCGGCCCGCGGGCACGCUCCGGACCCGGGGCCACCCGCACGUGUCGCGCGUCGACGGCGUCUGCGCGACGCACACGGCGGGCCUGCGCAUGGAGAUCAUGCAGCUCCGGGCCGCGGAGCCGGAGACGUCCCUGGAGAAGCGGCUGAAGCUCGCGCGGCGGCUCAACGGGAGCGACGUCGUCAAGCUCGCGUUCACGCAGACGCUCGAGGAGCUCGCGUUGCCGGCCGCGUCCUGGUCGACGUCGUCGCAGCUCCCGACGACGACGCGGCCCGUGUUCGACCGGUCCAUCUACAAGCAGCAGACGUUCACGAACUCCAUGAGCUGGUGGGUGCUGGAGAAGACGGAGAUGCCCUCCGGCGCGGAGGAGAUUUUGGCCGGCGUGCGGCACCACUACCGCAUCAAGCACUUCGUGACGGGCGUCUACCUGGGCUACGUGAACCGGGGCCAGCAGCGGUCCGCGGAGGACGAGGGCGGCAUCGAGCUCACGACGUGGCGGAGCUUGCGGGAGGACAAGCUCGGCACGACGCUCUUCAGCCUGCGGCUCGUCGCGCCCGGCGGCCCCUUCGGGGACGGCGCGGACCGGUCGCCGGGCGGCGACGCGGCGACGGCGCCGCUCUGCGACGGCGACACCGUGAACAUCGUCUCCGUCGUCUCGGGCUACGCGCUCAACUGCCACGUCGCCGUCGCCGUCCACGGCCGCGAGCCCAGGCUCGAGGCCUUCAAGGGCGCCCACGCCCAGCAGAGCGCCUUCGCCGUCCACCGCUGCGCGGAGGAGGAGGCGCGCAAGGUCGUCUUCGCGAGGAGCUGCCGCAACAAGCUCGUGCUCUGCGUCGGCUUCGAGGACAAGAACAAGCGCCACACGCGCGCCAUGUCCAUCAAGUCCUCCGCCGACGCGCUCUACGCCCUCUCGUCGGCGGAGGAGCAGCAGCAGCGCGUCGACAUGCUCACGCGGACCAUCGACGACAUGCGCGCGACGUGCGGCGGCGCGGGCCGCAGGGCCCAGGGCAGCAAAAGGGUGAUUCAACGCAAGGCCGACAAGGGCAAGGACCAGCGCAGCAGCGUCGCCUACUCCAUGCAGAUGCUCCUCGCGGAGCAGGACAUCCCCCGACUGGUGCUCACGGCGCUCCAGAUGUGCCGGAACCACCUCGACACGGGCCCGGGCGCGCGCGGGCUGAGCGCCGCGUGCGCCAAGUUCCUCCUGAAGAUCACCGCGGGCAACAUGGUCGUGAAGCGGCUGCUCGCGGAGCAGGAGGCGCUGCUGUUUGAUUUUUUGGGCAAGGAGGUCGACAUCGAGGCGCUGCUCGUCGAGAUUUACCGGGACAACCAGGCCGCGUUGCGGGAUCCCAAGGAGGGGCUCAUCGACCGUCUGUUCCAGGCGGGCUCGGACGCCGCGGGCUGCCUGCCGGAGAUUCUGGAGCUGUACAGCGCCCUCACGGUCUGCGACGGCGUGCCCAUGAAGCACAACCAGGACCUCAUCGCCGCGACGGUCUUCGCGAAGCAGGACGGCGCGGGCUUUUUUCCGCGCGUCCGCGCGGCGCCCGACGAGCACGUCCAGGCGACCUACCGCCUCUUCAUGAAGGAGCGCGCCGGCGUCGCGUCGCAGAGUCCGGCGUCGCGGCCCGCGUCGCGGGGCGAGGGCCGGCCCGUGUCGCGGUCGGGCCGCGGCGACAGGGCGCCGGCGGACGCGCCCGCGGCCGCGGCGCCCGCGUCGACCGCGGCGAAGCGCGGCGUCGGCGGCAUGCUCCAGCGGGGCAACGCGACGAUCCGCCACUCCAUGAUCGGGAGGAGCCCGCUGAACAUGUCCACGCUCGGCCGGUCCAUGUCCAAGGGCGACGGCCUGUCCAAGGGCCGCCGCCAGGCGAGCCAGCUCUCCGCGUCGCCCCUGUCGCGCCAAAAGUCCAAGGACGCCGUCGGGAACUGGGUCGACGCCUGCUCCUACAUGCACAUCACGGAGCACAUCGUCGGUUCCAAGUCGCAGGAGCCCGAGCACCGGCUCCUCGUCUACGUGCGCCACACGUUCGUGCUCCUUGCGGACCUGUGCGGCCACCGGAACCGCAACGCGCGGAAGCUCCUGCUGCGCCAGCCCGCGCUCAGGGAGCUCGUGGACUACGCGGCGCUGACGGGCGUCGUCCAGUCCGCGAUGGUGCCGUCCUUCGUCCGGUCCGCCGCGAGCCGCCUCUGGCACGCGCUCUACGUGGACGCGGAGCCCCACGCGCCCCAGCCCGUGCUCUGCACGGCGCGGUCGCGGAGCCACUUCCGGGUCACGGUCAAGCGCAGCGACCGCUUCGACGAGGCGGACGUCGACGCGCUGUCGACGUCCGUCGACGAGGCGCCGUCCUUACCGAAGCUCUUCGCGGACGUCAUGCACCCCCUCGCGUCCCUCACGGGGUCCGCCGAGAGCCUGGGUACGGACCCGGCGGGCCCCGCGGACCGCGCCACGGAGGCGGGCAAGGGCCGCGCCUUCGCGACCGCGGGCAAGCCCGGCGAGGGCCGGUCGUUCGGCACGAACCGCAACUUCGGCGGCGCCCAAAAACCCGCGGCCCACCGGCGGAGCCUGAUCGCCGAGGAGACGCUCCACGUGCCCGGGAGGCCCCAGGCCGCCGGCCGGCGGCGGUCGACGCUGUCGCGGGUGAUGCUCGCCGCGGGCGGGAGCCGGUCCGCGAAGGCCGAGGAGGCGACGUCGAACCACCGCCUCGAGCUGAUCCUGUGUCUGCUCAAGACCAUGGAGCGGCUGCUCUCCUUCGGGGUCGUCGACGCCGUCGCCGCCGUCGUGCCCGACGCCGCCGUCGAGGCGAGCCGCGGCGCGGACGCGCCGGAGCAGGGCGACGUCGCCGUCCGCGGCACGCUCGCGGCGCAGUCGCCGCGCGUGUCGCCGGGCCUGCGCCUCGGCGGCGAGGAGAAGGCGCCGGACUCGCCGACGGGCCGCAAGCCCAAGUUCCCGACGCUCGGCGGCGGCUCGUCGCCGGACCGGGGCGUCGACGGCAAGACGCGGCGCGGGUCGCGGCUCGGGUCCUUGAUCGCGGUCAAGGAGGCGCCGUCGGCGCGGCCCCAGACCGUGCAGACCAUCCUAUUGGUCGUCAUGAAGGUGCUCAACCUGAAUUCCUGCGUCGCCAGCACGCCGAGCCGGUCGAAGCGCGUCAUCGUCCACGACCUCAACCGCGUCGCUUUAUCGGUCGUCAAGACGCUCUUCCACCGCCAGCUCAACACGCAGCUCAACCGCUUCCAGGCGGCCUUCGAGGCGCGCCUGGUCGAGGAUCUGCGGGUCCGCGACGAGUACGCGAAGAAGGUCGACGCCAUCGCCAAGCGGCGCGCGGAGAGCCAGGCCGCGGUCCUCCGGCGCGGCCACUCGGGCGGCCGGAGCCCGUCCGCGAUCGUCCGCAUGCAGUCCAAGCUCUCCGGCGAGCCAUCGGGCGGCAAGCGGCCCACGGCGGUGAGCGCGCCGCCCGUCGAGGCGCCGCCGCCGAAGCCCGGGGCCGUGACGCUCCUCGAGGCCGGGCGGCUCGACAUGACCGUCGCCGCGGCGGCGAAGCUCGCCGCGGAGCUCCACCGCGUGCCCAUCUUCAACGACGACCUCGACCCGAAGAUGCUCACGAACUUGAGCCUCUGCCUCCUGAAGCUCCAGACCUGCCCCGACGGCGACAUCCGCUCGGAGGCCAUGCGCAUCCUCGUGCGGAACGUCGCCGCGCGCGACGAGACGCUCGCGACGCAGCUCCAGCACGUCGCCUUCAUUAGCUCCGUGGAGGACUACCGCACGCUCUGCCACAUCCAGCAGGCGGCGAAGAUCCUCUGGCGGCUGUCGACUUAUGUAUUAGACAUGGAGGAGGACGUGCGGUCCGUCGCGGUCGCCAAGGCCGUCGACGUGCUGCGGUACAUCACGGACCUCGCGCGCGCGGCGUGCGACCGCGACGCGGACCGGGGGCCGGACCACGUGCCCAAGGAGCUCGCGAUCCUGCGGGGGUCGAACAUCCUGCCGGAGGUGCUGAGCCUCGUGCGCCUGCCGGCCGUGCGCGCGGCCGUCGACCCCGACGACGAGCUCCUCGAGCCGGACGGCGCCGAGUUCCAGCGCGGCUCCGCCGACAGCGAGUCGAGCUACGCGGCGUCGCCGCGGCCGAGCCUCGACUCCUCGGGCGCGUCGCCGAACGGGCGGCGGCGGACGCUUAAAAAGGGCGGCGACGACCGCUACUGCGACCUCCGGCCGAAGCCCGAGGCGCCGCCGGACCCGGGCCGCGUCACGGAGGAGGAAAUCCGGGCCGCGACGCCCGGCGGCGGCGAGUCCGAGGUCAACGAAGAGGAAACCGGCGACGGCGACCCGGGCGUGUCGCCCGAGGACCUCGAGGAGAUCGAGGCGCUGCGGAGCGCGAUCCACCGCGAGUCCAUGAAGGCGAACUUGCUGAGCCCCGAGUACCGGCGGCGCACCAUGGUCCAGCGCGAGAGCAAGGUCGCCGCCGUGCGGAACACGCUGCGCCACAUCGACGACUCGCGGGCCGUGCAGGCGCGGCGCCGCGGGUCCGCGGGGUCGGCCGCGCGGUGCUACGACCGGAACUACAUGGUGCUCAUGGAGCGCUGCAUGGAGUUCAUCGAGCUGUACUGCCGGGGCGGUCCCUCCUUCCAGGAGGAGGUCGCGCCCCACGCGCGCCACGUCCAGGAGCAUCUGGCCGUGGGGCCCUUGGAGGCGUCCGUCGCGAGGGCGCUCGGCUCCGUCUUCCGGAGCCACCCGCCGAUCCUGAGCUCCCUGGCGCCGUCGAUCUCCGAGACGGUCGUGGAGCUGACCUGCGUCAACGGGCGGCGGUUGCCCUACGUGAGCCUGCUGCGGGGCAUGCUCUACCUGGACGAAACCGCGCCGGAGCUCCGCAAGCUCCAGUCGUCCGUGCUCCAGGUCGUCAUCGACAACCAGCCCGUGCUCCUCGACCACCUCGGCGAGGACUGGCAGGACGACAUGCGCGCCUUCGUCGAGAAGCGCGAGUACCUUUUUGCGGUCGACUCCGUCGUGCGCUACCACGCGGCGUGCAUCGACCUGCUGGGCGCGUGCGCGAACGGCGCGACCGCGCGGACGCUCCACAGCCUGUUGAGCUUCGAGCAGUGCGCGGCGACGGUCAUCGGCGCCUUCAGCGAGGAGAAGCAGCUCGAGAUGCUCGUCGAGAAGCACAGCGAGGUGUUGGCGGCCGUGCGGAGCGGCGACGCGUCCGCGGGCGAGUCCUCGAACGACGACAGCGAGGACUCCUAUCUUUCCUCCGAGUCCGACGACGACGACGACGAGCCCGACGGGUUGGACGACUUCGACGAGGGCAACGACGACGACGACGCGGCGACGCGGUACUGGUUCGGCGUCGACCGCGACGACCACUUUCUGUCCACGCUCGCGCUCAAGGGCCCCUGGCUCCGGCUCAUCACCAAGGUCUAUUUGGAGUGCACGUCCUGCUCGCCGGAGAUGUUCGGAUCCAUGAUCUCCUGGAUCUGGCCCGACGCGCACCUGCGCUUGCUGCGGCAGACCGUGUCGGGGAACCGCAACACGGGCCGCGGCGCCGCGGGCAAGGCGUCCGGCCGCGACGGCGCGUCCAAGGCGGGCCGCGGCGGCGGCGUCGCGUCGUUUCUCGACGCGGCGUCCGGCGGGCCGCCGACGAAGUCGCUCAUGGAGGAGUUCGCGGAGGACGUGCGCCGGUGCCUGCGGUUCCGCGCGGACGCGGCGCGCGCCGCGGACGAGGAGGAGGCCUGGGGGCCCGGCGGCCCGGACCUGGGGAGCGCGUCGCCGGCGCACACGCGCGAGCCCGUGCCCGAGGCCUGGCACAGCGGGAAAUUGGUCGUGGACUACGUCUGCGACUGCGUCGUGCCGGCCGUCGAGGCGUGCUACGGCAACAAGUACCUCAUGCGGGAGCUCAUGCGGGGCAAGCUGCGGCCCAUGGACGACCGCUGCCGGAAGAAGCUGGCCAUGGCUUUGUUCGACUUCGUCACGGAGGUGGGGCCGGACCUGCUCGACGCGAAGCAGCUCGCGCGCGUCCACGGCGUGUUGGAGCGCUACCUCGACGUCGAAGCCGUUUUGACGGCGAACGUCGCCAAGCAGGCCCGCACGGCGACGGAGCGCGCGGCGGAGAAGCAGGCGCGGUCCAAGGCGCUGGAGCUGCGCGUCGCGACGCACGCGGACGGCGGCGACGAGGCGAGCCUCGUGGGGUCGUGCUGGCGCGCGUUCGUGCUAAGCUUCGUCGAGCUCGGCCCGCAGCCCCACGAGGAGGCCGCGCAGCAGAUCGCGCUCCUGCUGCUGAGCGCCCAGGGCCAGUUCUGCAUCCCCUACCUCGUGAGCUCGCUGCGGCUCGACAUCGUCAAGUCGCACGGCGAGAUCUAUAGGAGCCGGCCCGCGGAGCUCGAGGCCGCGGCGCACCUGGGUUUGGAGGCGUCCGAGGGCGCGUCGGGCGCGGGCGUCCGCGGCGCCCAGCACAACACGCGCGAGAUCGAGAUGGCGCUCCACGCCUUUUUGUUGAUGCUCCACUACCGCGCGAACUCGGGCGUCGGCAACGUCCAGGAGCAGACGCUGCCGCAGACGGACGUCGCGUGCGCCACGGUGAGCCACGCGGUCGACACGUGGGCGCUGGACAAGGUCGUGCUCGGGCUGAUGGGGCUGCCCCUCCUGGAGACGCCGUCGAUCUCGCUCAUGGCGCUCCUGUUCAGCUGCCAAGCCACGCGCGCGACGGUCCAGGGCAACGUCAUCGACUACGCGCUCAGCGGCGAGGGCGCGCGCUUCGCGCUGCAGCUGCGGUCGCUCCUGGUGCGCGUGGGCCAGUGGGUCGCCGCCCACCGCGACCUGCGCAAGAAGCGCAUCGUCUACGAGAAGCAGGUCACGCACGCCAAGGCCAUCGAGCUCCGGCAGACGAUGGCGACGGAGCAGCGGAAGAAGACGGGUAUUCUGUUUGGCGACGGCCACAAGCACGCCAAGGGGCCCGACGCGGCGACGAACCUGCACGUGGCGCUGGCCGUGGGCAAGUUCAAGACGGGCCGCGAGAAGGCCAAGGCCCGGGCCAUCAAGGAGGCCGCGGCGCACGUGCCCUCGGAGGUCGCGAAGGCGCGGAACCAGUCGCGCGCGCCGGGGCUGGAGCACCACAAAAAGGCGCGGCUCACGUCCGAGGCCCACGUGGGCAACUCGCUCAAGAAGGCGCGCAUGACGUCGGAGGCGAACCUCGCGGGGCCCGGCGGCGGGCCGCGGCGGUCGAUGGUGAAGCACGCGGGUCUCGGCGGGUCCCUGGGCCGGUCGUCGGUCAUCAAGGAGCGGGCCUCCAUGGUGUCCUUCGCGGGCGGCGGCGUCACGAGCCGCCAGCGCACGGGCUCCAUCGCCGGCGCGGGGCCGAACCGGCGCCGGAGCUCGCUCGCGUCCGCGGCGAAGAUCGCGGGCCCCGCGAACAUCUUCGGCGAGGGGUCGUCGACGGCCAUCGCGUCGGCGCUGAGCCGGCGCGGCACCAUGUCGGCGCUGCCGGGCCACGGCGGCUUCCGCGGGGGCGCCCUGCCGGGCAAGUACGUCACGCCGCCGCCGAGCGGCCAGUCGACGCAGGCGGAGCAGCUGAGGGUCAUGGCCGCGGAGCUCGACGCGGCCGAGGCGAGGUCCAAGUCCGAGGGGGGCAUCGCGCGCGACGCGCUGCGCUUCGUGCUCAUGCUCGUGAGCGAGGCGCCGCGGCGCGUCCACGACUACGUGCGGUCCGCGUCGUACGAGGGCGGCGUCGCGCCCGGCGAGGGCGAGCCGUCGUGCCUCCUGGAGCACCUGGUGCGCCUGCUCCAGGUCUUCACGACGGAGACGGCGUCCUACGACGAGGACUCGGCGGACUGCACGGAGACGCUCUGCGAGAUCCUGUUCUGGCUCACGAAGGGCAACCCGCGGAACCAGCUCAUGGUCGUCCAGUACGGCUACAUGGACAUCGCGUCGACGCUCCUGCGGAACGUGACCUACUCGCUCCACCAGGUGUCGCGGGCGCAGACCCCGUUCGCCGACCGCACGGGGUCGCUGCUGCGCCUCGGCCGCGGGUCGCUGCGCGACGACGACCAGGCGCCGCGCGCCGCGGAGCGGCCCGAGCGGCGGAAGCGCGACUCGGCGUCGAAGAUCGGGGGGCUCCGCGGCGGUGGCCGGCGGGGCUCCGACGGCGGGCGGCGGGGCUCCGACGGCGACGCGCGGGCGACCCGGCGGCGGGGGUCCGAGGAGCCCGCGCGCGCGUCGCGGCUCUUCCAGCUCCGGCGGCUCCAGCCCGCGCGCGAGAACCAGGCGGUCCACAACGUCCGCGAGCCCGUGCUGCGCACCGUGCUCGAGAUGCUGCGCGAGCGCGACAUCGUGGGCCUGUCGACGAUCAUGAAGGACUCGGCGGCGCUGCUGCGCCAGCUCACGCACGCGAUCAAGCUCGGCCUCGCGAUGGCGCGCGCGAACACGGCCGUCGCGGCGGAGGCGGACGUGCUCGAGGAGUCCUACCUGGCGUUGGUGGUCCUAAAGACCCUGGCCCAGGUCGCGAAGCUCCACGCGUCGCGCCACGUGCGCCUGCGGCUCAAGCGCGUCUGCGGGACGUGGGACUUCGACGCGUUCUGCCACCAGCUGCGCCACGAGCUCCGAUCCGUGCGCAACGACACGCUGGAGCUGGAGCAGCACGUCGGGAGCGUGGAAUUGGCCAUGGCCGACGGCUCCGUGACCGUGACCUUGUUUCGGCGGUCGCCGCUGGCCAUCGCGCUGCUCGCCAAGGCGACGUGGCGCGACGCGACGCUGGGUCGGCUCCGCGAGAUCCCGCGCGGCGUCGGGGUCUCGGAGAACAUGAAGGCGCGCGCCUUCUUCAAGAAGAUGAACGAGAUCGCCGUCGAGGCCCUCGACGAGGCCGAGUCCCAGUACAUGAUGGUCGCCAUCUCGCUCCUGCACAAGGCGCUCCUCGCGGCGACGCUCGCGCUCAACGCGCUCGUGCUCUUCGGGUACACGCGGAAGAACGCGCCGCGGGGCGACGCCGUCGAGGAGACCAUCGACGUGAACUUCGGCGGCGACGACACCUGGAGCGACGGCGACGACUGGUGGACCCACGACCGGAAGCUCCAGUACUCGUACAUCGACGUCGACGUGCUGCGGACGCCCCGGGCCCUGCGGAGCCUGCUGGGCGACGCCAUCAACGUCGACUUCGGCGUGCUCGCCUGGUACAUCGGCAAGGUCCACGUCGCCCUCGCGGCGCUCCAGGUCGUCGUCGCCGCGGCGCUCUACGACAAGGACGACGACGGCGACGACCGCCACGCGCGGCCCCAGGAGGCGCGCGAGGCCGUCGAGGACAGGGCGGCGGGCAAGGACCACUCGUCGGCGGACCUGAGCCAGAACUCGGGGGCCAUCGACGUCUACACGAAGCUCGCGGGGGACCUGGGCGCGCCGCUCGAGCACCUCUCGGCGCACCGGCGGCUCCGGCGGUGGCUGGGCAGGGCGCGGGCCUGGUUCCUGCGCCGGCUCGGCGUGCCCCUCUUCGGGUUGGCGGCGAGCGUCCUGGGCAACUUCCAGAGCCCCGUCUGGUACUCGGUCGUGCUCGUGCCCUACGUGCGCAACGACCGGACGAUCUCGUUCGUGACGCGCGCGCUGCGGCUGAGCUCCGCGAACCUGCUGCGGAUCCUGCUCUUCAUGGGCGUCUGCAUGUUCGCGGCGUCGGCCUUUGUGUUCAUCAGCUUCGGGCGGGUCCAGUGCGACAGCGUCUGGCAGUGCUUCCUCGUGGGCAUCACGAACGCGUUCCUCGGCGUCGCGCCGUUCGUGCAGCCGGACGAGUACACGACGCUCGGCGACGUGCCGCUCUACCCGCUCAUCGCGUCGAACCAGUUGUAUAUUUGGGAGCACUACAUGUCGGCGCUCUGGAUCGCGAUCAACGUGAUGGCCUUCAUCUUCUUCGUGCUGUUAUUCCAGGCGUUGAUCACGGGUAUUAUUCUCAACGAGUUCACGGCCAUGUACAUGGACCAGCAGAUGCUGAAGAUCGACAUGCGCGAGUGCUGCCUCGUCUGCUCCCUCACGGCGGACCGCCUCGAGCGCGCGGGCCACGACUUCCGCCACCACACGCGCCACGCAGGGCAGCAAAAGAGAGCGAAAUUCCCAACUUCAAAGGCUCCUAUCUCGGCCGUUUUCCACUCGCGCCACGACCACGACCCGCUCGAGUACGUGUCGCUCGCGAUCUCGCUCCGGGAGUGGUGGCAGAAGGGCACGCGCACCUUCACGGCCCACGAGACCUACGCGCUCAACUGCCUGCUCCAGGGCACGCCGACCAUGCUCCCCGUGCACACGUGCUUCGCGCUCAAGGAGACGGCGUCGAACGCCGCGACGGCCGGCGACGACGCCGCGCAGCGGCCCCGCGACGACGCCGACGCCGCCGGGCCCCGCGGGGCGCCGCCCGCCGGCGACGGCGACGCGGGCGCACCGGGCGCCGGGGACGCGGCCGCGCCCGCGCGGCGCGCGUCGCGCGACGACGCCGGCGGCGGCGCGCGGAACUUCGAGUCGCAGCUGUCGCUGCUCGUGGACGCGGUCCAGCGCCUCGAGCACAACGCGCGGCGCGACGACGGCCACGCGCCGGCGGCCGACGACGACGGCCGCCACAACUUCGGCGGCGGCCGCGAGUCGACGUACGGCGCCCCCGACGCGCUCGCGCAGGCAAGCCACCACCGCGACUCCACGCGCGGCACGCGCGGCAAGUCCACGGGCGACCGGCCCAAGGGCGACGGCCGCGACCGGGGCUCGUCCCUCGGCGACCGGCCGCCGGGCGGCCGCGAGUCGCCCACGGCCGGCGUCGACGCGGCGCCGGCGCGGCCCCGCUCCCGCGAAGGGCGCUAA